AUGGACGAUCGAUUUUUGUCUGGGGGAGCUCUCUCCGAGAUGGACCUGGAUGAUACAGAUUAUGCCACCGAGGCUCCGCUACCGUCACCUGCUGGUACUCCCUACAGGACACCGCUUCUAUCGAGGCAUACUAGCCGCCAUGCGACUCCAUCCCCAUCCCCAUCACCCUCUCCAUAUCCUCUCUCUAGCAGCCCUCCCACGACAAACGGUCGAGCGUCUCCGCUUCAUCGUAUGAGCAUGUCUCAUCAUCACGACACCUUUGACGACACCAUUUCAAUUCUCGACCCCCGCCGGUUUACGCCUACUCUUCAUGCCAACCUGGUUGCCGAGAUCCUGUCAUUACGGAGGGACUUGGAGUCUAAAGCGAGCCUUAUUGAUACAUUGGAGCAUGAUUUAUCGGCUGCGAGAUCGGAACACGAAACAGCUACUACAUCUGCUGCCACUGCGCAGCGGGAAGUGAGGGACAUAAAACGUCAAUUGGCAAGGGUUGAGAAUGACGGUGCUGUUGAAGCUGUGGCCAAAGAGAGAGACGAAGCAGUUGAAACUGUAGCUGAGCUUAAACGACAAGUGGAGCGACAUGCGAAGUCUCGAAGGAGUGCUGAGGAAGAGCUUGAAAGACGCGAGGCAAUUUUAGAGAGAGAGCGUGAGGAAUGGGUGGACUGGAAGAGAGCUCAGGAGCGGCGGACUCAUGUCGCCGAAGGCCGGUUAAAGGCUCUUUUGGAUGAGUUAUCGGCUGCGAAUGCUAUGCCACCACCUUCGUUAUCCAUGCCUCAGUCUGAACCUGCGAAUGAGGAUACUGCCCCAUCGGAGGUCGCCAUGAGUGAUACGGCAAGUAUCAGAACUAGCAUUCAAGGAAGACCAAAUAGUCUGACGAUGGGUGACGAUGUUGCUGAACGCCUAGGGAUCAGAUUUUCUAUGUUGGCUGGCAAUCAGGGGUUGAGCUUGGCAGAUGAACUAGACCUGGAUGAUGGUGAGGGAGAGGACGAAGAAUACGAAGCUCAUGAAGAGGAUGAUGACGAUGGUAAUAGGACAGAAACCGAAGCUGAGCCUGCAGGUGAUAAUGACUCUGGCUGCGACAGCGGCUCGGAAACCGAAGAUGAGGGGGAUCAUCAACCCGUGCGGGAGUAUUGUGAGACGGGUAUCCAGGUGGAAGAGGAAGGAGAGUCGGAUGAAGAAGUGGAGCGGCCAGAGAUUGUGCUGCUCGAAGAGGCCCGUGCUGAGCUCGAGCGAACCUAUUCUGAAUUCGACCGAAAAUCUUCUGAGCUGGAGAGUAUCUGCGUAGAACUUGACAAAUCUCAAGAGAGGAUCGGGGAGCUUGAGGAGCAGGUUGAUGGGCUUGCUGAGGAAGUUGCCAAGAAGAAGCGUGAUUUGGCUGAUAAGGAGAUUGAUUACGGACAAAAGGUCAGGGUGUUUGAAAUUCGAAGCCGCGAAGUCGAAGAGCGGUGGGCGUCCAUCGAGUCGAAGGAGAAGACACUCGAAAAGACGGCGAAAUUUCUUGAUGAGAGAGCGAAGAAUCUUGACGAGAGGGAGAGGAUGCUUGACAACAAGGAAGCCAUUGUCACACCUAUUCCUGAUUCACCUAUCGGGAAAGAGUUCCCUGCCCUGGCUCUUGACGACCAUGCUUCUACGGAGAACGAUGCUCACAUUCAAAGAGACUAUGAAGCCAAUCAGGGACGAAAGCGGGCCGCUGGCGUUACAUCCCCUCCACCACAUCACCCGCCCCCGGCAUAUGUCUCAAUCGAAACACAGACCGAGCCCGCCGAGGAGCCCGUCGAAUGGCCACCACCAACACCACCUCCCAAGUCGCCUACCCGGCCACCUCCGGUGAUAUAUGAAACUAUUGGGACUCAGACAGAUCCGAUGAAGCCGCCGGCUUUACAGAUUAUUCCAACAAUUGCGGUUACUCCUCCACCGCCAACACCUCCUCUCCCUGGGCGGCCGAAGGUUCCGAUGAGAGAUGCUGCAGUUCAGACUCGUAAUCUUAGACAAAAGGCUCGGGGAAUGCAGACAGAUGAGCCCGCCUUUGAGGACCGUAUCAUGAAGUUGCCCGCAAGGUUGAUGCCUGCUGCGAUCCUGGCUAAUAACAACCCUGUUCUUCCUGUGCCCCCUCCAGCCCGGCCUGAACGAUCGCCACCGAGUCCUCCUAAGAAGAGUUCUAGGAGAAACAUCAAGAGGAUAGCUACCAUAGCGACCGCUCCCACGUCAGCUCCUGCACCCACCUCUGCGCCCAGAUCUGUUCCGGAUAGCCCUGGUCCUCCAGGAACUGCUCUUGUAUUUAGUUCCCCCAAGGAGCCUUCCGAGCUUGGGGAAACCCCAGAGAAGGACAAGGAUAGUGCUCGAAAACACUUGUUUAAUGGGAUUGAUCUGUCGCAUGAUCUUCCACAGUCUUCCGGUGAUGACGACUUUCACGACGAUGCAGAUCUCAGUGGCAACGAGUUCAAGACCGCACUCUCUGCACCAAAGCCCAAGAAGAGGGAUCGGAUUAGCAGUCUAGGUAGACCCUCCCCCGUUAUUGAGGGCACGGAUGGUAUUGUCUACGAAGCGUAUAAGAAACCCACAAAUAUCCGUCGUAAUGCGAUGGUAUCUAGUGGCGUGCAUGCACACCACCGCACUAGGAGCCCAAGUCUGACUAGUAAUCGGACGAGUGAGAGUGGCGGCCCUAAGAUUGGACCGCCUUUCCCCGUACCCAUUAGAUACAGCUCUAGAAAGGUCGGAAGUUACGCCAGUUCUAGGACCGAAAGUCCAACACCCAUAUCCGCUGGUUUUCCCAGGCGGGGUGUUCCCCUGGCACAACUUGCAAGACAACCGUCGAUACGUAAGGUCCGUUCUGCUGCCGCCCUCCCAAGUCUUCGAACGGCCAAUUCUAGGACCAGGUCACCUCCUCCCCUCAGCGCUUCCUCAGCAGCUCCUGACAGUCCCCUCCUCCCCCCUCUACCCAAGGAUGAAGUACUUGCCCCUGCAUUCGAUAAGCAGAAAAUUUCAGCUUCCAGGCAUAAGCACCAGGCCAGCACGAACACCUCCAAUACAGGCAAUGCUUCAAUCGGAAGCUCGAUUCAACAGAUCAGUGUAGUGGAUGCGAUCGCGCAAACCAUGGUUGGUGAGUGGAUGUGGAAAUAUGUGCGUCGGAGAAGGUCCUUCGGAGUCCCGGAUUCCCCCCAGGCCUGGGAUGGCAGAGACGAGAGCGCCACUGGUGGCGGUCAACGACAUAAGCGAUGGGUCUGGCUCGCACCUUAUGAGAGAGCUGUUAUGUGGUCCAGUCGGCAACCCACCAGCGGAAACGCCUUGCUCGGGAAGAGUGGCAGAAAACGUAAGCGAUCAAUCCUUCAACCCCCCGCCGGCCUCUCCCUGGUUCUGGAUAAGGUACUGAUGAACAAAGUCCCCAUCCAAUCUGUCUUGGAUGUGAAGGAUGAUACACCACUACCUAAGGGAGCCAAUCCAACCCAGCCACUAUUCAACCGAAGCAUUCUCAUCUUGACACCUGCAAGGGCUCUCAAAUUCACGGCUCCGAACAAGGAAAGGCAUUAUGUUUGGCUGACGGCCCUGAGCUUUCUGUCCCAUUCUGCCCAUGAAAGUGAAGGCUUGCUUGCCCUCCCGCCUCCUAUGCCAUUUGAAUAUGAUCAGAUGCAGCAGCAGCGGCCGCAAUCACCGCCUCUGACUCGGCCACCCAUUCCUCCCGUUCCCGUGAACCGCGAUCCACCUUUCCAUCCUAUUCGAGACUCGAUACGGGUAGCCAAGGGCAAGGGCCGUUCAAAAGCUAGUAAGUCGGAAGUGAACGGGUACGCGGGAAGCAGCAGUCUCGGGAGGAACUUGCGUCGGGACAUUGACCGCCACGGUCUCAUGACAACCGACAGUAUAGCAGAACCACCCAGCAUCCCCCGAUUCCCUGGCCACAGUCGCAAACGCAGCAAUACGACUCGAUCAAGCACAAACCGCUCGAUAAGUCAUGGAUAUAACCCGAGUCUGCACUCUUCCAUUGGGGGCUCAUCAAAUGGAGAUUACUAUCCGCCCGGGCCAAUGGGUGUCGGUGGAAUCGGGCUCGUGAGCGGAAAUAGCUCUUUAAAUCAUGGACUCCCGGGGCCGAAUCUUGGUGGAUGGGAAUCUGGACCAAUUGGCACUGUACGAAUGGAAGCAUUUAUUGAUCCGAAGCCGAAAUUCGAGUUUGACGAGGAGGACGAGUACCUGGGCAAUAAGCCAAGUUCUUAUCGCCUUAGGAGGGACAGGAGAAGCAGCAGGCAGGAGAGCUACUGGUCGGGAAGCGGUGAUUUCUAUGCUGGUGGAAGCGAAGCUGGCAAGAGGAGCGUU